UUCUUUCAUCUGAACUUGUUUUUCCAUGCUCUCUUGGUCUUAUCUCAGUUCGUUGUCUCUGCCAGACAGCACGAACAAGCAGAAAAGACAAGAAACUAUGCACAAAGACAUGAAAUCACUUCAAACUUCACUUCAAAUGACAUCGGUUUGUGUUGCUUUGCUGUGUAGUGCUUGCUGCUGUGCUGUGUGACUGCCUCUAAACAAUCGAUACAAAACCAACGAUUGGCGCUCUUGUAAAUCAAAAAGAAGCUUCUAACAAGCAUUUUGGCUGCAAUGGUUCCGUAAAAUCACAAACCACCUCAAUCCACCCCUUCACAUUGCCUUAAAGUCUCUCGGUUGACGCACAGAAAAGCAAAAAAAAAAAAAGUUUUAUUGAUGUUCAUCAUCACGGACAAACGGACGGACGGAUGCGACGACUAUUGCCUGUAUUUUCCUCUCAGUUUAUCGAACUUUGGCAAGAAGUCGCGAGAGGUUGAGGUCUUCGGCUGAUGGUCUUAUGGUGUUGGGAUUGGGACUGAAAAGUGUGUGAGGAGCGCGCGCGCAUCACAGUUGCUCAUACGGUUUCCGUGACUCUCAAUCGUUUGCAUUGCGUUAAACUUGUUACACGCUCUCUGAGUUGCAGUGGCGGCGCGCGGAUUAAGUUUUUGUUUUGGAGUGUUUUUUUUUUUUUGCAAUAGAACUGCACUUUAUUUUUGUUGUUGUUGUUCCUGAAUUGCAACUGCUCUCUCAAAGGAGAAAUAGAAAUUUUGUUAGAACGGAAAUCAUUGCUGUCUAUUUGAUACGACUACUUCCCCUCUCUUCCCCUUCCCAUACAAAAUCUCUGAGUUUUUAUUUUUGAUUUAGUAUCGUGUAGUGUUGUAGUGUGUACUUGUAAAUUUUGCAAAUAGUAGCGAAAACUUAGGUGCGGUCACGUUACGGAAGUGUUCUCGCUAAAUUGUGUGUGCCUCUGCUCUGCCUGGGUUGAUUAAAGUUUAAUGAUUCUUUAAGCGAUCAUUAAUGAUAUAGUUGAGUUGAGAGAGCGAGGGUUUCUAUGUGCUCUUUUUUUGUGCGUUUAUUUCUCAAUUUAGUGAUAAAAAUGGUGCUCUGAAUAUUAAGUCCAAAGAUUGUAAUAAUGUGAUUUUUAAAAUUAAUUUUGUAAAUAAAAGAAAGAAAGCAAAAAUUAAGAAAAAUCUUCAUAAUUUUAUUGGAAAAUUCAUCUAAAAAAUCAACAAAAUCAUUUUUAAAAAUGAUUGAAGAAGGAGAAGAGGAUAAUUAUUGUCAUAAAAGAAUAUUUCAUUAUGUUCUAAAGGCUGUAAAGCAAUUCAUUGAUCUCGUAAAUCAAAUUGGAUCAUGUUCAGUUCGGAAGAAUGUAUCACAUACCACCGCAAUAAAAUUUUUAUACGCUAGAAAAUUUGAUGUACCACGUGCUGUAUCGCUAUACGAACAGCACGAGCAAAUCAGACUGAAGGAGUGCCUGUAUAAUAUUGAUCCAGAUGUAGAACCAUUAAGAUCAGAAUUGGAAACUGGAAAAUUUACAAUUUUGUCGGCGAGGGAUUCAAGUGGAGCUGCAAUAGCAUUAUUUACUGCUAAUAAACAUAGUCCUUUAUGUGUAACACACACAACAACUUUACAGGGAAUCGUCUAUCAAUUAGAUGCGGCGUUACAAAAUACUGAAACGCAAAAAGCUGGACUAGUAUUUAUUUACGAUAUGAGCGGUUCGAAAUAUUCAAAUUUUGAUUAUGAUCUAUCGCAAAAGAUUUUAACAUUAUUAAAGGGUGGUUAUCCUGCGAGAUUAAAGAAAGUCCUGAUUGUAACAGCGCCAUUGUGGUUUAAGGCGCCAUUUAAAAUUUUAAGACUUUUUGUACGUGAAAAAUUGCGAGAACGUGUCUUUACGGUAUCAGUUCCAACACUGAGUUUGCAUGUGCCUCGUCAAGCCCUGCCCAGAUACUUAGGCGGAACUCUAGAAAUAGAUCACUCCACAUGGUUACUGCAUUGCUACAAAUCGAUGACGAAUCGUGAAGACGAGCUUCUGGCCAAUAUUGGGCACCAACAACCAUCUAGCAAUAAUUUACAAAUAACAACUACAACAACAAAUAAUACAACAACACCAGUAUCAACAACAACAGAUUUUGCUGGCAGUGGUGUUGUAGAUCAAGGUGUUAUUGAGGGCGCAGUUGUUGCCGAAGCAAACGAUAAUAUUCCCGACACAACGGCACCACUAAGUGAGUUCUGGUCGGAGAAUCCACCAAGUAGUGCUUCGUCUGGGUUCAGUGAUGACGACAGUCUGGCCGGGGCAGAAGGAGAUCCAAAAACAAUUGAACAGAUCGUUCAAAUGGUAAAGGAACGCGGGAGGCACGGUUUGUUCAAGGAAUAUGCUGAUAUUAGGGGUCGAGCGCCUGAGGGCACAUUUAUUCAUGCAAAGAUGCGAAAUAACCUGACAAAAAAUCGUUACACAGACGUCCUGUGCUACGAUCAUAGCAGAGUGGUGCUAUCACAGGACACUGAGGAUUUGUCAGAUUACAUAAAUGCCAACUUUGUUGAUGGUUAUAAGCAGAAAAAUGCAUAUAUUUCAACUCAAGGUCCAUUACCAAAGACAUCCCAUGAUUUUUGGCGAAUGAUUUGGGAGCAACAUUGUUUAGUUAUAGUUAUGACAACACGUGUGUUGGAAAGGGGUAGAAUUAAAUGCGGUCAAUAUUGGGAACCAGCUGAAGAAAGUUCCUGUGAAUUUGGACACUUCCAUGUGCGAACAAUUAGUAUAGAAUCUAAUGAAGAUUAUACAGUAGCCUCAUUAGAACUCAAAAAUUUUAAGACUGAAGAAACAAGGAAUGUCUCACAUUGGCAGUUUACAAGCUGGCCAGAUUAUGGUGUUCCAAGUUCGGCGUUAGCAAUGUUAAAUUUCUUGCAAAAGGUCCGCGACAAACAGGCUCAAAUGGUCAAGUCAUUAGGUGACACAUGGGCCGGACAUCCACGUGGCCCACCAAUUGUUGUGCAUUGUAGUGCUGGAAUCGGACGAACUGGUACAUUUAUAACAUUAGAUAUAUGCAUAUCCCGAUUAGAGGACGUCGGUACUGCCGAUAUUAGAGGCACUGUCGAAAAAAUCCGUUCACAACGAGCCUACUCGAUACAAAUGCCAGACCAAUAUGUGUUUUGUCAUUUGGCUCUCAUAGAGUAUGCCUUAUCCCGUGGAAUGUUACAAUCGGCUGAUCUUGAAGGAUUCGACGAUCGAGAUGAUGAUUCCGAUUUAAUUUAAAAAAAAAAACAAAAUUUUAACUUUUUAAAUGUUUAUAUUAAAAAAACAAAAAUUAAUCCAUAAUUACACCUCCUGAAAAAGAAACAAAAAUAUUAAGAAGCUAAAAUUCAAAAAAACCGCAGGACGCAAUAUACUAUUUCUCCUGAAAAAUCAUUUGUCUUUUAUCAAUUUUGAAAUGGAAAGCAAGCAAGGACGACUGUGUGUUUAAUGAUCUGUUCUGCUGUGAUUAAUAAAUGAUAUGAUGAUCUACCGCAUAGUAGAAAUAGCAUGCUAGAACCCUGUGAUUUCUAAACAAUAAAAAAAAAAACAAACAUUUUUUGUAUAAGACCCAGCAGACAGAUUAAAAACGCACUCAUAUGCCGCAGAUACAAGUAACCGUCCUGAAGGAAUGAUUUUUUUGUUUUCUUUUUUUAAAAAAGAAGCCAGAUUUGACAACUUUCUGCAGAUUAAAUAAAAAUAAAUAAAUAUAAUUAAAUGUUAAAACAAACAAACUACCACCACAACCACCCUAACCCGCAACAACAAAAACAAAAAACAACCAAUCCCUUCUUGUAUAUUUCUUAUAAUAAACAAAACAAAACAGAACAAAUGUUUUUAAUAAACAUUGUAGAGAAAUUUUUUUAAAAGAUUGUUCUAUUUAAACAAAAAAAAAAGAAAAUCAGUUUUUGUCCUUUACGUUUUUAUUUUAUUCUUUUUAUAAAUAUAUACUCUAAGUUUUCUUAAGCAUAUUAUUAUUAUUAUUAUUAUAUUAUAAUUAUAAAACAAAAACAAAAAAUAAAUAGAAAUCAAAUUUUAAUUUAAAUGAAAAUAAUAAAAAACAAAUACAAAAAAAAAAAGAAAUAAAACAAAUUAUGUAGUUAAGAUUUCUAGAGAUUACAAAAAAUUCAAUUAAUGUAUUUAAAAAAACAAAAAAAGAAGAAAGAACAAAACAAAACAGAAAAAAAUAUUAGAAUCGAUGAAAAAAGAUUAUAAAAAAAAUAUAUAAAAAAAAAUCAAAUAAUAAUAAAUUAAACAAUUAAAUGUAUGAGAACUAUGAGAACUAUUUUUUAUAGCUUUUUCAACUCAAGAGAACAAAACAAAAAAAAAAAAAACAAAACCAGACAGAAAUUAUUAUGGAACAUGGAUAAAAAGAAAAUUACAUUGGAAAAAAUACCGUCUUUUGUCGGAGGUGAUAUUAAAAAUAGAAAACAAAAAAAAAAAAAACAGAAUUUAAAUUUCUAGUAGCCGUUUAUUUUAACAGCCAAAUUUAUGAAAGUACCUAAAUUUGAGGGCUUAUUGAUUCGCGUAGGGAUGAUUUUUCUUCUUUUCUUUUAUUUUCUUUGAUUGUAGAAAAGAAUAUGAGUUUGUUUGCCAUCAAAAUCUUACACGGAUUAGAAUGUGGGGAAAAAUGCAGGAUGUGAUGUUCUUUCAUUUUCCUUAACCUGAAUAUCUUUGGUUAUAGGAAAUCUUUAAUAAGAAAAUAAGAAAUCAAACUAAAAAUUCUUCAAAAAUAGAUGUUAUGUGGCUCUUUUAUUAAUCAGAUCUUAAUAAUUAAAAGUUGACGAAGCUGCAAAAAUGAUUCUACAACUCAGUUUCAAAUUUGUGAUUUGCACCUACAUACCUACGCUUGAAAUAAAAUUAGUCGACCAAAAAAACAAAUAUGCAAGUAUGACGAAUAUGACUGCAAAUAUGUUAAGGCAACCUAUCAAG